ACCCCAACCCCACUUCUCUCUCUCCCUCUCUCUGCUCCGCCGCGUCGGAGAUGGAAGGCAGCGACACGAUCACCGCCGUUUCAUCAACUCCUCUAUCUCAAUCUCCUUCUCCUUCUCCUUCUUCUUCUUCUCCGCCGUCCGUCAUUCUCAGUCCUUGCGCGGCGUGCAAGAUUCUGAGGCGGAGAUGUGCCGACCGAUGUGUAUUGGCGCCCUAUUUCCCGCCCACCGACCCGGCCAAAUUCGCCAUCGCUCAUCGAGUUUAUGGCGCUAGCAAUAUCAUCAAAUUCUUGCAGGAAUUGCCUGAAUCUCAAAGGGCCGAUGCAGUGAGCAGCUUGGUUUAUGAAGCAAGUGCGAGGAUCAGAGACCCUGUUUAUGGGUCAGCAGGGGCCAUUUGCCAGCUCCAAAAGCAAGUGAAUGAGCUCCAAGCGCAGCUAGCCAAGGCCCAGGCCGAGCUCGUCAAUAUGCAGUGCCAGCAAGCCAAUCUAGUGGCCUUAGUUUGCAGGGAAUUUGCUCAGUCUCAUCAAUCUGUUGAUGAUUUCAACUCCAACAGCCCUCACAGUGGCUUUCAGAGCAUCAACCAGAGCUACUUUGAGGAUACCAAUGUAAACCCAUUGUGGGAGCCUCUCUGGACAUCAUGAAUCUGACCCCUUUUUUUGGUGCUUCCAAUGAAGUUUCUCCAAACUCUUAAAAGCCCAAUUUCUGCUUCUGGGUAGGAGAGACUGUGGAAAAUACAACAGAAAUUUACUUUCUUGUUAUGAUUGAUGGUGCUGAAUUGGACCAACAAAAAAAAAAAAGAGGAGGGAAAUUAAAGCUCUAGGGUUAUGUCUCUGUCCACAAUCUCUCUUCUUGAGCCCAAAAAAACAAAACAGAACAAAAACAAGUAGAUGUGAAAGAGAUGUAUACCAAUUGCUGUAAGAUCUAUCCUUUUGAAUAAAAUAUCCAUCAACAAUGUCCAUAUUUUCCUAAA